AAUUCAAAAAAAAAGACAAAGUGCGUUUAAUAACCAAACAACAAGUGUAACUAAUUGGGAAGCAGUGUGCAACAAAUAUUCACAAAAUCAAAAUACUCAAGUGCAAUACAAAAAAAAGCAAAAGUGUUUAAAGUGCAAAGAGAAAAUGUGGCCACCCAUUUAGGCCAAGUUCAAGUUCUAAGUUCAAACAAACAGACGUAAAAAAAAAAGACUAGCAAAUCCAGCGCAGCAAAUCCAAAGCGCUGGUAACCAAAAUAGCCCCCCCACCAAUCCGGAAAGUAGAAUAACCGAACGUACAAAAUGUCCACCGGCCGCCGUUUGGCCAAGCGCUCCAUCAUCGGCACCAAGGUGUGCGCCAAGGGUCCGGAUGGCCUCUGGUACUCCGGCACCAUAUCCGACGUGAAAACGCCGCCCUCGUACAUGGGACCGCUCUCCCCGCCGCCGCCGCCCACAUUUCUGGCGCCCGGCGAGGCCCAGCUGAACGCCGAUACGCGCUACCUGGUCCGUUUCGAUUUCAAGACCGCCGUCGAGUCCCCAGCCGCGACCACGUCGUCCACGGCCUCGUCCACAUCGUCCACAUCCUCCACAGAUCCGUCGGUCAUCGUGGAAACGCGUCGCGCUGCCAACGUACACAUCAGUCCCGCUCAGGCACUGCGUCGCAGCGCCAUGAUCAAGGAGUUCCGCGAAUCGGAUCUGAUUGGACCCGGAUUCCGGUCCAUCAUGGACACCGAGCUGCAGCCCGGCCAGCGGGUCUACUUCACCUACAACGGACGCGAGCAGAGCGGCGAUGUUGUCAAGCACGACGCCACCAAGGACGAGGUGAUUGUCAAGAUCACAACAGUUGGAAAUGAGGAACCCAUUGAGCUGAAGAAGCGACUGGAGGAAGUGCGUCUGCUGGAAUCGCGACGCUCCGCCCGUCUGGCAGACCAGGAUCGCGACACGGACUUUGCCAGACUCGCCGACAUGAGUGGCGAACGCCGCAGAACCACCACACACAGUAUUGAGGUGCCAUCGCAGCUGACGGCGCAGCACAAUCCCCGGAAACGUCCGCCCAGCGAUCACCAGGACUACAGCAACUACGAGGAAACAUGCCGUGCCGCCGAGAUUCUGUCAUCGAUGAAGCUGCAGGGUCCGCAUGGCUCAAUGGCCGACAAGUGCUCGAGUCCCGGCAGCAGCUCGUCGGCUUCCUGGAGCUCCGGUUCCCCAUCGCCGCCGUUGAGCGACGACGGCCACGCCCACCACAGCCCACACAACAUGAUGUCGCCCCACGAUGCGGCCAACGCACGCAUACGCACAACAUCCGUGUCCACGUCGGACGAGGGCAUUGUCAUCGACUUCAAGGAGGAGCGCAAGAAAAAGUCCAAAAAGUUCCGAUGCGUUUAUCGAGGAUGCGCUGGCCUGGUGGCCGAUCUCAAUACAGUCAUGCGUCACAUAAGGAAAACACAUUUGGGAAAGGACGCGCAUCGCUCCGCGAAUGAUGACUGUGAGGACGAGGAGGAGUUCUACUACGAGGAUGCCGACGACGACGACGAGCAGGUGAAGCCCAGUCUGGCCUCCGAGCCGACGCUGAGUCACCGGGACAUGGCGCGUCCGCCGCACGAGGAUCCCGAGUACCAGAAGCAGAUUGUGGGCAACUUCAAGCAAGGACGCGCCGGUAGCCACUAUAACCACCUAGCGCAGUCGCACGGACGCACCAUCAGUGGCAGCAACAUCCCGAGCACCCACCAGCAGCAGCUGCAGAACAACAACACCAGCUGCAUCCCCACGUCGCACCUGGCCCACCACAACUACACAUGCCCGGCGGCGACGGCGACAGUGGGCAGCUAUACCACCUCCACGGGGACGGGGCCGGUGGCGGCCAGUUCAUCAGCCUCGCCGCUCGGCAAGCACGCUCGCUCGUCGUCCACCCGUCCGACCCACUCGGUAGCGCCAUAUCCAUCGCCGACGUACGUCCAGCAGCAGCAGCACCACCAACACACGCACCACCACAACUACGCCGGCAGCAGCAGCAAUAGCAGCAGCAGCAGCAGUCCAGUGAUCCACAGCAAUAGCAGUGCCAACAACAUGCUGCAGCAGCUGGAGCAGCAAAACGUCACAGUGACGGCGCACCACAGUCAGCAGCAGCAGCAGCAACUGCAGCAGCAGCAACACCACCAGCAGCAGCAACAACACAGCCACCAACAGCAGCAGCAACAUCUCCUGUCCAGUGUGACGAUCACGCCCAAUUUCCAUCCGGCGCAACAGCAGCAGCCGCACCACCACCAACCGAUGCGCGGACACCAGCAGCAACAUCCACAGACAACUGCCGGCAACCUGGUUGCCCAAAACAACAACAACCACAGCAAUGGCAGCAAUCCGCUGCAGCAGCAACAGCACAUGGCGCAACAGGUGGCCGUCAAGCAUACGCCCCACUCGCCCGGCAAGAGGACGCGUGGCGAGAACAAGAAGUGCCGCAAGGUGUACGGCAUGGAGAAGCGCGACCAGUGGUGCACCCAGUGCCGGUGGAAGAAGGCGUGCAGCCGCUUCGGCGACUGAAAGCGACAGAAGUCGUCGACGGAGGCGGCAAACCAGGCGUCGGCGCACCAGUCCAAGGCAGCAACAGCAACAGCAUCAACAGCAACAGCAGCAGCAUCAGCAACACCCAACCCAGCAGCAAUAUCAGCAACUCCCAGCCCGGCAGCAACAUCUUCCCCAAAAAUGACCACCACAGUGGUGCGAUUGGCCGCCGAGGUGGCUGCCGGCAAGCAGCUACCCUCGUCGUUGACCAUCAAAACCAACAAGCGUUACGGUGCACAGGUGCAGCAGCCGCAGCAGCCGCAGCAGCAGCAGCAACAACCACCGCAUUCGUAUGCGGUGACCGCCAACAGCAACACAAUCAGCAAUCGGCCGGUGCGUAUACGCAGUGUGGCCACCUCGGUGAUUGUGGCGCCCAUUGCCUGCGCAGCCACAACGACGACCACCACGCCCACCCACAUGGAGGAUGCUGACGAGGAGCCGGAGGAGGAGCUGGACGAGAUGGAGCAGGAGGAUCAGGAGGCGCUCGAGGAUCAGGAGGAGGCGCAGGUGGCUGCUGCCAACGGCCUGCUGGCCUGGAGCCGAGCAGCCGCCAAUCAGCAGCAGGCGCAGGCCGUGCUGAUGCAGGGCUAAGUCCACCUGAACCACCUGAAACGCCACCAAGCACCGCCACUUGCUGACUCCUGGAUGGAGGAGAAUGGGUGAAAUGGAUGUGAAUGGAUGGCUGUCGGUGGCAGCUGUUGCCCCCCCGACGACACAAAUCGCAAAUGAAUGCAAAUGCAAAUGCAAAUGAAAAAUGGUCUCUUCUUAUUUACUCUGCAUUGAAUUGUGCACCUUAAACACGUAACGGUAUCUCUUUUGUUGUUGUGCAGGUGUUUGCCAACUGCCGUGCAAAUGUUGCUGACAUUUGCGCCCGGGCAACAUUUGCAAUCUACAAUAAUCUAAUUAUUAUUAUUAUAAUUAUUAUUAUUACUAUUAUUGCAGUGCGUAAAUAUACAUAUACAUACAUAUAUACAUAUACAUAUUUAUUUCUAAAAUGACUUUGUUAAUUCUUAUGUUAAAAAGCUGAAAAGCAGUUGGCAGAUUUUUAUAUACACAGAAAAAAACGAAAGCAGCAAACAGUUAAGAUACAUAAUGUACGUAUGCCAGCUGUUUUACAUAAAACAUAACAAAAAAAUGCAAAAGAAAAAACAGCAAAAAACAAUUCAAGCAUAAACCAACAACAACAACAAAAACAACACAUGAAAACCAACAACAAUAUUUAAAGCAAAUAUACAUUUGAUUUUUUUUAAUUGUAAGAACUCUAGUAAAUUUUUUUCUAGUAUUAAGUGCAAUUUCUGUUCUACUUCUCGCUCUAAACAAAGAAAACAAAACGAAAUGAAAUGAAAUGAAAUGAAAUGUAAGAAAACGAAUCAAACCAACUCAAACAAACAAAUCAAAAUGAAACAAUCGGCGGUGGUGCAGAAAUAACUUUGCUCUGAAUUUACAUUGAUGUACGUAAGAAUUCGUCACAAAGUGAUUUAUGUGCCGUCGCCGCUUAAAAGCAGAAAACCUAAAAAUAUGCAUAUUAAAUAUUCAAGGCGUUGCAUCUACACAUUAAAUAGGCAUAAACGAAAAAUAGUUAAAUUACUUGCAUAAUCACAUGUAACUCAAAUCCAAGAGCCGUUUAAACAAUUUGUAAGUGUGUGUGUUAAGCGCUAAGAAUUAAGUAUUAAUCGACUUCAUGCAUACGAGCGGCAAUAGAUGGACACACAGCUAAAUAAUCUAGUUAAUUAAGCACCCAGCCACCACAAACCCACCCACAACCAAGUACCCAAAAGCCCAAACUCUCAAACAUCUAUAGAACAAUUACCCCCCAACCCGAAAACCCGAAAACCCAAAAACCCGAGAUCCCGAGAUCCAAAAACCACGCUAAUGUAACAUAUAGACAUACGAGCAACUUAAACUUAAACGUAGUGAAUUUUAAAAACAAACAAACAAACCAAGCAAACAAACAAACAAACAAACAAGCAAACAGACAGACAGACAGGCCGACAGACAAACAGAUGGAUUGUGACGUAGUUCUUAUAUCCUUAUCGAGAAAAGGGAAUCGUCGAAAUUUCAAUUGGAGCCAGAAGGAAAACACUUUCGAACAUGUUCAAAUUUUUUAUAAAUUGUUAAGUUGAUAUUUUCUAAAAACACACACAAAAACGAAAAAUGAGCUAAAUUUGUCUAUUAAUUAAUUUGUAAUGAACUUAUGACUAAAAGCUAAGAUUUAAAACCAACAAAACAAAAACUUUUUGCGUUGUGCAACUGUUGUGAAUUGUUCAAAUUACGGUAUACACAUACAAACAAUGACGUCACAAAGGACCCAGCGAGGUUUGCGAGGAUAUAGGCGAAUGUAGCCCAUCUAGGGAUAGCUACAGAUUGAGAUUGAAUGAGGAACAGAAUGAAGAGGAGAAUUUACGGAUGAAGAAAUGAAAAUACACAAGGAAUUCUUAACCAAAUUGGAAGUACAAACUAAAGUCUAGAAUAUGUAAAUAUAGAACCCCCAUACACACACACUUAAAGAACGGAAGUAAAAGGGAAUACGAAGCGGAAGUGCAAUGGGAUAAAGAACCCACAAGGAAACCGAAUCGCUAUCGGAAAAUGUUGAUGGGCGACGAGUAGAGGAGAGGAGAGGAGGGAAAAUUGAGCUUAGGCGGCAGCAGCUUUAAAAAUGUUUGAAAACGGAAAUGGAAAGUUAGGGAGAGCGGGAAAAUGGAAAGAUAGCGCGAAAGCGGAAGCGAAAGCAUGCAAAAACCGUAAGGAGAAAGUAAAACACGCAAGCGAAAAUUUCAUUGAAAUUGUUUGCCGUGAUUUGAAUGAAAUUCAUAAUGGUGGCCAUUUUUGUGUAAUGCGAAAAAGUUUAACAACAUUUUGUACACUUGUAUUUCGUUUUUAUUAACUAUAAGUUUAACCAAAUCAACAACAAAAAACAACAACAAGAACGAUUGUUAGCAAACGGAGUAAAAUGCAACUGAAAACGGAGAAAAUGCAAUACAUUUUACUUAUUUUUGUCUGUCGCCCUAGGACGGCGUCUUCUAUUCUUUAUUACGAAUUAUGAUUACGAGUAUGAUUAUUGUCAUCAUUAUUAUUGUUUUUCUUGCUAAUUUUCGUGCACCACACACAAAAACACCCCACACACACACACAAGCGUAGUUAAGUGCGCACACUCGAUCUAUUUCGUUGCGUUCUGGAAAUUAUUUAAACUUAAGUGAUAUUUUUAAACAAACAAACAAAAAACAAAGAAGCAAGAAGAAAGAGGAAAGAAAACUAUCCAUUAUUAUAUAAUUAUCGCUAAUAUUUCUUACUAUUUUAUGUGUACGAUUACCACGAUUAUCACGAAAAGAGCAAGAAAUACAAGGCAGUCUAAGUCCCUCGAUCCGGGAUAUCCUCAAAAUCCCGAUCGGAGAUUAGAACUGGCCUGGAAAACAAACGGAAAGUGGCAACGGAUGAAGCAGAAUGAAAAUGCUUAGCGAAGAUAAGCGAUGAAGAUUUAUGGAGGGAAAUAUCAGAAAUAUCAGUAAAGGUCAAAGCUCUAAUCCAUCGAACAUGAAUGCUAGAUUCAUUCAAUAGCGAGAAAUAAUAUUUCUUUUUGAUUUUUUUCUUGAAAAGAAUACAACACCACAACAACAAGAACACCCAUUUUAUUAAAAAAUAUACAAUUGUUAUUUAUAAUUAAACAAAACAAAAACGAA